GUGCCCAGUUUGUCCAGUUUGGAGCUUCAUACCUAUCCCUUUUCUCUGUGGUAUGAUAAGCCACUGUCAUGUGUGCAGUUCUGGACCUGGAUCUAAUCUCUCAAGUCUUUAUUUCUCUCAGUUGCAUUAGUUUAACAACAAAACAAAAAGUACAGUCCCUCAGCCUUUAACUAGCUGGUCUCUGACACUGCAAUUGCUCUCCUUUUCCUAGUGAAGAUUAAAUUACUGUAAGAUCUGGGCCACGGGUAAGAAGGUUCUCACUUAGACAAUAGGGCAUGGAUUUGUACAUACAUAUAUAGUUACUGCUUUAAGCAUUGCACCAGAGGUGCAAAACCAGCAAGAAAUACAAAAAAAAGUUUUAUAUUCUCAUUCCAAAUGUUUAAAUUUUCAAGCUCCAGCUACUGGCUAAAAUCUCUAAUUUAUUGUUCCCUCUGCAAAUGUUGGUAUCAUAAACCUUUAACAGUCACCUGACUUUCUAGCACUCUUCUGUUGACAAAUGUUCAUUCUAGCAUCCUACAAGUGUCCACACAAAUCUGCUACUAUAGGGAACGUGAAAAGGUAUUUUAAUAAAGAGAACUCUGAAUUGAACUUUGCACUGGAUCUUGCAUGUUCGUAUUAUUGACCACUUGCAAAUGAAUGUCCGUAAAGCUUUUCCUUAGUGAUGAAUCUCAUAGAUAGACUUCAUGAAUUUACAUAUAGAAGAUGUCAUCUCUGCAAUAAGCAAUUUGAGGCACUUAGAUCUGUUGUCUUGAACUAGUUUAGCAGCAGGUAAAUACCUUAAAUGGGGUUAAGAAUGAGCAUGGGACUGUUCACAUUUGUGUAAGUCAUGUGUUAAAUUACAAAGGUAAAAAAGUCCCUGGCACAGAAAAGCACUGCUUUCAAGGAAGUUUCAGAACACCGUCUGUGUAUGGUGGAGUAGCAGUGGGACAAUUUAUUGAUUUCAGAUUGUCCCUUGGCUAAUCCUAACUUAAUCCUAAACUAUUUUGGAUUUAGCCUGUAACAAAAGUUCUUGAUUAGCUCUCCUGAAACAUAGCUGUUAUAUCAACUCCUCAGAGUGCUGUGCACUGCUUUGAGCACUUUUGUUUUGUCUUACAGAUAUACCAAAAUAAUUUAAAGUGUGGGACAUUAGAUCAGCAGACAUCUCCAGUGAAGACAAGGUCAGUCAGCCCAUGAGGUAAAUGACCACACAAGGCAUCCCAAUGUCCUGUUAUGAGCAUGUCCUCUGGAUGCCAAAUAAGCCUUACUGUUUCAUUAGAAGCAUUUGGGUAGUAAGUCCUGAAUCUGCUACUGAAAAAGCUUAAAGCCCAGAUUAGAGGUCAAAUAUUGCAUUAUUGAAAAGCAAACCAAAAAAAAAAAAAAAAAAAAAAAAAAGCCUUCUACCUUGUAAUCAAGUUGAGCUUAACAAAUAUACAACAAGGUGUGUUGCUAAAUAUUUACAUCAGUUUGAGGCAGGAGCAGGUGUUGGCUUACAAGGCAGAGUAGAGGUGUGGUGACGAGCUGGCAGGCUGUGAGCACCAGAUGGUUCUCUUGUUUGGGUGCACACAACCAUGGGCAGCCUCGUGUCCACCCCACUUAGAUGGAGGCUGUGUUUGUGUGGUGGCAUUCAUACUGUUUUGCACCUGCAAGAACCGAUCCGUAUGCACAGUGGUGUUUCAUGUGAGACUGCGAGAAAAGGGACCCUGCAGAACAGGGCCCACGGGUGUCAUUUGUGUUGGUGGUAACUGGAGGCUGCCUGUGUGAGAGGAGAAAGAGACUUUUGUUUCAGACUCCCCCUCCAUCCUCAGAGGGUUUGUUCUGAUUCAUGAAAAGCAAGGACCGCUGCUUUUCACUUGGAAUAUUGGGUACUGCUUUUCAUACGUUUGUUCCUAGGACUGAAAAUGUAAUGACGGUGUUACCUUUCUUUAUUGAUACUUUUUGCAGUUUGUUAAUGUUUUCUGCUUAUCAGAUCAAGGGUACAGAUAUGAGAAUGUCUCAACAUUUGCUUUUGAAUCUGAGAGCCCAGUCUAGCUGGGAUUUUCCCAACUCACUGUCAUUUUUAUAUCGCUUUUAUGCUAGUGAGUGCUUUCAGUGAGAAUUCACGUUAGCUAUUAAAAAUCCUUUUGACAGAAGAACUGAAGAAGGUUCUCAGGCCUUUGCAGCACGCCUUUCUGAGCAGCAGUACUGACAGAGCCACAUCCUGCAGGAACUGAGCACGUUUAGAAGGAGAGCUGCCCAUCCUCCUGCUUUGCUUGAUUGAUUUUGUACUAUUUCUACUUCUGCAGAGCAGAGUCUUAGAUACAGAAAUGCAUUAAAUCCUUGCCGCUGUUCAUUUUUCCAUUUCCAGCAAACUAACAGCUACUUAUUUUCUCGUCCGAUGUAAGUGCACUUCUGCGUGACCUCCCGUGGAAAAAAAAACACGAGCUCUGAUGCGUGCUGGGAGCUGCAGGGCCGGGCCGAGGGCCGCUGCCCGCCGUGCUGAGCCGGCCGGGGCUGACCCCUGCUGGGGGAACUCCUGCAGCUGCGGCCGUGGGGUCCAGCGAGCUUCGCGAGUUCGAUUCCCACCGCGGUACGGAUUCUCGGUCUGCAGUUAAGGAAGAGUUUUCAAAGCCCGGUGUGAGCAUACCAACCAGGCCUCCUUUCUCUCUUGCGAAAGUUAAUGAAUUGUUUGUAAAACGCUGGGUGCCACUUCUGGAAGAGUAAAUAUCCUCUUCGUCAGUGGGUGAAUGAAACCCGCAGCUUAUUUACUUUUCUGGGCACGUUGUAUGCUUGUUCUGAUUGCUUCUUUGUCAGCUUGGUUCGGUCCAAGCCCUUAACACUACAGUUCACUGGUAAGCUCUCUGGCAUCAUAAGCCCCCAGCUUUGAAGGGGGGGAGGGCAGCAGUGCUGUCAGACUGGGCAUGGCUGCUCUCCUGAGAAGGAAUGGAUGCAUACAGGGAAAGGAAAGAGCGAGAACAGCUGGAAACAAUCACAGCAAUUAAACUAGAAAUCAAACUGAUGGGAAACAAAGUAUCAAGAUGAAUUUAAAAUGCUAGCACAUUUUGUUGUUUAGAAACUCAAGGCCUUUCUGAAUACGCCGGUGAGAGAAGAAUAAACGUCACUUUUACAGUUAUUUGGGAAGUAAUAAGCAAGUUGUCGUGUCUAAAUAAUCACAGAGAGAAACAGGGCUUCUUGUCUUCAUCCUUUGAAAUGCUCCUCUCUAAAUCACAGGUGUUCCCAUUAACAAAAACAAAAAGGAAUUAGCAAUUGUGAGAACAUGAUUUGAAUGGCAGCCUCAGUUAAAUGCCAGCCUUUAUAUUCCUACAGGUAAUUUGUUUUCUCACCAGUCACAGACAUGUUGAGUGGGAAGGCUGCGAGAAUUCUCACUGUUCCAGGAAGUGAUCGUUGUUGUGAAGAUUUAAAUUUAAUACCAAAAGAAAUCAUGUUUUUUUCAGAGAGAGUCAGCUGCACAGUCUGAUGACAAACAGAGCAGCAUGAAGCUGAAAGACUUGGCACAAAACAGCAAAUGUCUGAGCAGCCCCUGCAAAGGGACCAGAAACGAAUGGCAGAGGGAAGAGAGCACUUCAUGGCAUUGGUGAUGCCAAUGAGUACUGCUUGGUUGGCUUCUUCCAAACACUCAUGUUUUUUUGGAAGUCCUGUGACUCAUAGAAGUAGAAAAUAGACCUGUUGAAGGCAGGCGCUUUUGCAGGUAGCAGAAGCGUUGCUCCAGGAGGACAACAGGUUCAGUUCUGGUGUCAGUGUGUUAGCACUCUGUGGGGACAUGUAGUCAUGAAGCACUGAGGAACCUGGUACUCAGCUGCUGGAACAGAGUAUGAUGUUGCCACAGGGAAUGUGUGUCUUCAGAAGAAAAAAUCCUAUUAUGCUCUUAUUUAUCUGGCACAGUCCAAGCUAUGUUCAGUGCUUGCGGCGUGACUGCUGAAGUAGUCGAUCUCCACAAAGCACUUAUCCACUUUCAUGGGGAGAGCUGGGCUUUAAAUCCUCUGCACCGGUUUUGUGAUUAUUCAUUUUUUAACUACGCUCAGAACCAAAUCUCCACUGCAACUGACACAGUUUCACUUUGAAAAUCAAUGAGACAGUGCUACGAGGGCAGAAACGUCUUGCCUGUGAGCUUCAUAUUGUUCAGAGCGGCUGAAGUGACAGCCCUGACUGACUUCUGUUGUGAUGGAACUAAUCAGUGACAAGUGUCUGAACUCCCCUGUGGCCCUCCUCGCCCACCAGGCUGUACCCCAGCAGGAGCUUCUGAGCUAGCACAGUCUCCAGCCUGAAAAGCAGGACCUUUAAAGACUGGGAGCUGCAAAAGCUGCUAAGAGGGAGAAGCUCAGAGGCAUCUGGAGAUGAGCUGUGAUGCUGCAGUAUUAUCCAUGGCACAGUUGAAAUCAGGAUGGAUGGAAAAUGAAUUAUCCAACAAAAGGAUUUAUUCUCACAGCAUGGAAUGACUCAAACUCAGGGACUCUUCCUUUUGCCGUGUGACUGAGGCGUGCCCUCGGGAGAGGAUUCCCAGCUGAGAUGCAGUGUGGAGCUCUGAGGCAGACUCUGACGCAUCUCUGGGACCUGCAAUGACAAGUCAGAACAGUAGCCAUGCAGAGAAAACUGGUGAAAUGUCCUCAAAGCAGUCAGCACCAAAAGUGCAGGUCCAACGAUCUGUCUCCCGAGAAACCAUCACUAUUCAUUUCUCUGCAUUUGGGAAGGAGGAAGAAGAGGAGGAAGAGGAGUUUAAGGAAUUUCUUGAUGAGGAACUAGAUGACCAAAGCAUUGUAACAGCACUUGAAGCCAAGGAAGACCUCUGCUUUGAGCAUACUGGCCAUGAUUUUUCUGGUCCAGCUACCUCGCUUAACAUGGCCAACUCUGCAUCACUGCUGUCCUCAUCACCUGCAGUUCUGCCAGCUGCAGAUGCCGUAAAGCUGUUGGAUUCUUCCACGUCCCAAGUACUCAGUGCAGUGCCACUAGUCCUGUCUCCCUCAUCACACUCGUGUCAUAUGUUUAGCUUAUCGGGUGCGUCACCACCUGUGGAACAGAAGGCCAACUUCUUGUCUUCCCCAUCCUCAUCUCCUUCCAGAUCAGUUGUCUGCUCUAGUGCAUCAUCCACCGUUUCUAGUUCCAAGCCUUUUAAGGGUUUAGUCAAGUCCCUUUCAACAGAUGUGGAACCAAAAGAGCCAACCCCACCGAUGAGACAUAGACAGUUAAUGAAAACCUUAGUGAAAUCUCUGUCUACAGACACUUCUAAACAAGAACCUGAAGCUGUGUCGUACAGACCACCGGACUCAAAACUGAACUUGCAUCUGUUCAAACAGUUCACUCAGCCUCGAGCUACAGGUGGUGAUUCCAAAACUGCCCCCUCAUCUCCAUUAAUAUCUCCCUCUGACACUCGUUCCUUUUUUAAAGUACCUGAAAUGGAGGCUAAAAUUGAAGAUACUAAAAGACGCCUUUCUGAAGUAAUCUAUGAGCCUUUUCAGCUGCUCAGUAAAAUAAUGGGUGAUGAAAGUAGUAGCCACAGGCCCAAAGCCUUAUCUUCAAGUGCUUCAGAACUCUCAAACCUUUCCAGUUUGAAUGGCCAUUUGGAAAGCAAUAACAACUACAGCAUUAAGGAAGAGGAGUGUGAUUCUGAAGGGGAUUUGUAUGGAAGCGACUCUAAUGUGAGUAAGAACGAUCAGUCAAAAACAGCUGAGGAGCAUGCAAAAGAGACGGAGACCAGAAGCUCUCAGUCUGCAAGCACAAAGGAUGUGAGUUCGAAAACUUCACUCGUACUUGAAAAAUGUUCAUUGUCUGCACUAGCAAGCAGAGAGGAUGAGGAGUUUUGUGAACUUUAUUCUGAGGACUUUUCCUUGAUAGAGGAUGAAAGCAAAACUGAUAAACGCCCUGAAACUUUGCUUGAUCUUGAGAUGACUGAUGAAAAUGGUAUUGUGCUCAGUAGUGAAGAGGAAAAUAAUCUGUAUGUGCAACAGCCUAAAAUACCAGUGAAAACUUUAUACUUCUUAACACUGUUAGUCUAUGCUUACUUUAUUAUUCCUCUCCCUGGCUACUUAAGUGGACUCCUAUUUGGAAUGGCCCUUGGAUUUAUGACAGCUGUCUGUGUGAUUUGGCUGCUUACUCCACGUACUCAUGAAUAUCUCAAAUUUCGUGAAAGUAUGAAAAAGCAGUGGAAUACAGGAGCUCUAGACAUCAAAGAACCUGAAAUACUGAAGGGAUGGAUGAAUGAAAUUUAUAAUUAUGAUCCAGAAACAUACCAUGCUACAUUGACUCACUCUGUUUACGUGCGACUUGAAGGAAGUACCUUAAGGCUUUCAAAACCUAAUAAAAACAUUUCUAGAAGAGCUGUGUACAAUGAGCCAAAGCCGGAAGUCACGUAUGUCAGCCAGAAAAUUUAUGAGCUUACAGAGAGCAAGAUUUCCCUGGUUCCCAAAAGUCUGGCACGAAAACGAAUUUGGAAUAAGAAGUACCCUAUUUGCAUUGAACUUGCUAGGCAGGAUGACUUCAUGGCUAAAGCCCAGACUGAUAAAGAGAAUGCAGAGGAGAAAUUGUCUUCUGAGAAAGUGGACUUGAACAAUGAGGAAUCCAAGAAAGCUCAGGAUGGAGCCAAAUACACUAGCCAAAAGGAUCAAGUGCUUUAUCUCUUUGGAAGGACAGGCAGGGAGAAGGAAGAGUGGUUCAGAAGGUUCCUUCUAGCAUCCAAGCUGAAGUCUGAAGCCAAGAAGCCUUCCAGCAAGCCAGGGAUCUUGCCAGCACACGGUAGAACGGAGAGUCAGUCUGGAGUUCCUACACACAGUCGUAGUAGCAGCAAGGGAAGUGUGGAAGAAAUUGCAUCCCAGCCUAAACACAAGGAUCUGGCUGGCAAUCUGCGGCAGAAAAUGCUCCUGGACUAUAAUAUUUAUAUGGCAAAAUGUGUUCCACAGGAAAAGAAGAGCCCUUCGGGUAGUCCAGUCCUCAGUGCAGAUAGCAGCCCUACAGCUGUGAAAAAGUUACCUGAUGCCCACGUGGAAGCUGAGGAAGAAGAACAGGAGGUCUGGGUGAACGCUUUGCUUGGAAGAAUAUUUUGGGAUUUUUUAGGAGAAAAAUAUUGGUCUGAUCUGGUGUCAAAGAAGAUCCAAAUGAAACUUAGUAAAAUAAAGCUGCCAUACUUCAUGAAUGAGCUAACACUGACUGAGCUUGACAUGGGGAUAGCAGUGCCGAAGAUCCUUCAAGCCUUCAAACCUUCUGUUGAUUACAGAGGGCUUUGGAUUGAUUUGGAAAUGUCUUACAAUGGAUCUUUUCUAAUGACCCUGGAGACCAAGAUGAACUUGACCAAACUUGGUAAAGAGCCUCUUGGUGAAGCACUGAAGGUUGGAGAGAUUGGCAAGGAAGGUUUCAGGCCAAGGGCGUAUUGUCUUGCAGACAGUGAUGAGGAAUCCUCCAGUGCUGGGUCAUCAGAAGAGGAUGAUGCUCCUGAAUUGGCUGGAGAGAAGCAGGUGACUCCUGGAGCAGAAGGGUAUGUUGGAGGACAUCGGACAAGUAAGAUCAUGAGAAUUGUGGAUAAAAUUACCAAGUCAAAAUACUUUCAAAAAGCAACAGAGACUGAGUUUAUAAAGAAGAAAAUCGAAGAGGUCUCAAAUACUCCAUUGCUGCUAACAGUUGAAGUACAAGAGUGCAGAGGAACACUAGUAAUUAACAUUCCACCUCCACCUACUGACAGAAUAUGGUAUGGCUUUCGAAGACCUCCCUACCUAGAAUUAAAAGCUCGGCCAAAACUUGGUGAGAGAGAAGUCACUCUGGUUCAUGUAACUGAAUGGAUAGAGAGGAAACUGGAACAAGAGUUUCAGAAAAUCUUUGUCAUGCCAAACAUGGAUGAUGUUUAUAUUCCUUUAAUGCACUCAGCCAUGGAUCCCCGCUCCUCUACAUACCCUCCUAAAGAUCUGGUCACGGAGGCCCCUGAUCAGCCAUGAUGUGAAGACUUGCAGUUUACAGUAUUAUAAAGGUUAUUCUCAUGGUUUUAUAAACUGUGCUGUAGUUCUCAUCAUCAAUUUGUGCCACUUUCCCCCUCCCCAGGGUCUGCCUAUAACCAUACCUUUGUGCUCACUUGCCUGGUUAUUGUUCCUGUGUACUUCAGCGAUGUGGUUUCAUUCCGUUAAGCAGCUGAUUUGUUUUUGUACUGGCUACCAUCAGGAUUUGAACUUGGAGGCUGAGAUGACCUGUUCUUCAGGGGGAGGGAGGGAGAACCUAACUGUAAUAGAUCAAGGAGCUUGUUGACACAGCUUAUGUUUUCACGCUAUGUUGGUGUGCGUUAACACGUUGAAAGGUUGUUUGGCAGCAAAGGAACUGCAUGCCAAAUGGAAAAAAAAAAUCCUAAAUAAGGAAUGAAUUUAUAAAAACUGGAAGAAUAUUUUUCUUUCUCAGGCAGUUGGAGGUGUAGAAUGAACUGUUUUAUGUUCCUUCACUUCUGCAGUCAAUAGCUUGUGUCAAGCAAUCAAAAUAUGAAAUGCUUUCAGGAUAAAAGAAUGUAAAUUGGAUGUAUAGGUAAUAUUGUGAUUCAGUGUGGUAUAUACAUGUUACUUUUUUCAUAUAGGACUUGUGCUUUUUUUUGGGAAGCAACUAGCCAUAAAACACAGUUAUCAGUGAAGGUGGGACUGUCAUAUUUUUGUAAAUGAGGAGAAAAUAGUUGGUAAAGCCAUGAGACCAAACUAUAGCAAGCAGCCUUAUAGUGAGGUACAAUCACCUUGAUUCAUGAUUAAUUCUGAAUGUUUAUAAAGACAUGAGCACACACAAAAUGUUUAAUACUGCACAUUACCAGAAGUACUUAGUUACCCUACUGUGUAUAGAGUCUCUUGCUACGAUGAAACAGUUUUUUCUUAUAGGAGAAUUUGUUGCUGUGACUCUUCCAUUGCACUGUGUUUACAUGCAAGGCAUGGGACCAAAUUCUCACAUUACAGCUGUGCAAAUGCAGAUGUCAGUCUCUUGAUGUUUGUGAAACAGCUGUAAUGGAAAGAUUUGACCCCUAUGCAUUGUUCUUUUGGACUCUGAAAUAGGAAUUCAAGCUGAUCGUGAUAUAAGACUGUUUCUGCUGCUUAAUGGCCAAAACUAAACGGGGGUAUGGGAAACUGCCUCUUAUUUCUAUCUAGUAUGAUGAUUCAAGAGUAAAUGUAUGCAGUAAAUUCGGUAUUUGAACACUACAUAUCCACUACUUAACACACACAAUAUUUUUCUGAUGCUCAGUGUUGCCAACAGUUCAUGGAUGUCAGAAAAUGUUUUAGUUUACAGAGGGUGAGUUCCGGCUCUCCUUUUAUAACAUGAUUUGCUUUUUUUUUUUUUUUAGAAGUAAUUUUUAAAGAACUUUUUUGUACUUUGUGUUGUCACAUUUGAUGUAAAUCAAAAUUUCCAUGUGUAACUUGAUGAUUUACCAUCUUUAAAUGAAGCUAUUAUAUUGAAGGUUUUUUAAACAGCACCUUGCCUGAAACAUAAAAGAAAACUAGCAUUUAAUAUAUUUAAAAUUAAUUCUAUAUUUGAACACCUAUUUUGGUUACCUUUAAUUGAAAUAUUAGUAGGUUAUAUUUGUUACCUGAACUCCUCCUUGACCAUUCCAGGCUGUGUAUAUUCUGGGUUCUGCUGAUUAUGUAGGCACUAUCUGCCUUUCAUGAAGUCUGCAUGUCUUGUACGCAGGUCUUUUAUAUGAUUUAAUUUUUAUGUGCAAUAACUGAAGUCAAAGGACUAGAUGCACUAAUGUGUAAACAGAUUUAGAUUAUUAUACGAGAUUGUCAUAUUGCACUUCAUAAACUGUGGGUAACUACAGUCUGCUUGCUUUGUUUUAUUAAAUAAAUUUAUCUCAUCAAUUA